AUGCAAGACGCGGGUCAACAAGUGCUUCAACUCACGUACUUUGGAGUGCGGGGCUCAUGCGACAAGGUCAGGCUGCUGCUGGCUUUGACCGGCCUUGAGUACAGGGAGAUCGUCGUACAGGGGAGAGGUCUUAAGCACGGCUACGAGUUCGGCCAGUUGCCACUACUCGAGGACGGAGAGAUACGGAUCGUGCAAGCGAACGCCAUCGUUAGACACCUGGCACGCAAGUGCAACGUGUACGGGACAACCGCCAAGGAAAUGGCCGAGUGUGACAUGUGGAUGGAACAGCUGGAGGAAGUGCAGCAAGCGCUGUGGAAUGCCGACUUCAUGAAGGACUGUUCUGAGUUCAAAGAGGCUCAGCUCAAGGACAAGUUCCUGCGCGGGUACUUGGCAUCAGCUCUCGAAGGCAUUUGCCGCGUCAUGGCCAAGAACAGAACGAUGUAUCUCGUUGGGGACAAGUUGACGUUCGUGGACACGAUGCUCUUCUCGCUUCUGGAAGCCAUCGACCGUGAGCUUCCCCAGGCACUCGCCACCUUCCCCUUGCUCAUCUACUUCCGCGAUACCAUCAAGCGCCUGCCACGCAUCGCCGCCUUCUGCAACUCGGGAAGAAGGUUCUAG